GGCGGGAGUCAAGACUCAGUAAGACGUAAGCUGUAGUGACCCUUAACAAGCAGCAGAAGAGUCAGUGACGCAGCAACACCAUGAACAACGACUUAGAAAUUCACGAAGCCGAGGCGGAAAAUACACCAAGUGACUCCCAGAAGCCUGACAAAAUGUUCACUCUGAAGAAGUGGAAUGCUGUGGCCAUGUGGAGCUGGGACGUGGAGUGUGAUACUUGUGCCAUCUGCAGGGUGCAGGUGAUGGAUGCAUGCCUUCGGUGCCAGGGGGAAAAUAAACAGGAUGACUGUGUGGUAAUCUGGGGAGAAUGCAAUCACUCUUUCCACAACUGUUGUAUGAGCUUAUGGGUGAAACAGAAUAAUCGCUGCCCUCUGUGUCAACAAGAGUGGUCGGUGCAGCGAGUUGGUAAAUAGUCUCGUAAUACAUAUAAAUCAUAGCUUUUUGUAUUUAUCUUAAUUUAUGAAUUCUAAAUUGAGUGGAUUGUAGUACUGGAAAUGAAAAAUCCUUAAGGAUAUACAGUGGACCCCCGCAUAACGAUCGCCUCCCAAUGCGACCAAUUAUGUAAGUGUAUUUAUGUAAGUGCGUUUGUAUGUGUAUGCUUGGGGAUCUGAAAUGGACUAAUCUACUUCACAAUAUUCCUUAUGGGAACAAAUUCAGUCAGUACUGGCACCUGAACAUACUUCUGGAAUGAAAAAAUAUCGUUAACCGGGGGUCCACUGUAUGUGUAUUCACAAUGCUCUUGAUAUUAUUGUCUAAUUAAAAUAUAUUUGUAUAUGCAAAGCUGUAUAAAUGGAAAGAACUAUUCAGUGUAUUUCAUCAGAUUUUUAUAUUUUAGGUAUAGUUUUAUUAUUUUUAUUUAAAUGUUCAAAAGUUAAUCUUUAUAAUAUGCAUUUUUUGUAAGAGUGAAGAUAAUAGCAUUUAUGAUAAUGUUCAAAAGAAAUGAAUAUAUAGAACAUUUGUAUAUCGCCACAUAAUUGAGUAAUUUUUAUUGCUAAAUAGCUAAAUCCUCAUUCAAUUGAUGUCACUUUAAAGUGA